UGCACAGCCGCCUGGAGCGCGACGCCAACAUGGAGCCGGAGGAUCUACCGUGGCCGGGCGAGCUGGAGGAGGAGCAGGAGGAGGAGGAGGCGGCGGCGGCGGGGGAGGAGGAGGAGAAGAAGGCGGCGGCGGCCGAGACCGAGGACGCGGCGAGAGAGGAAGACAUAGACUUCUUCGAAGAGGACGGGCCCGAGGUGGAUCUGGAUUUCGGCAGCGGGUUGCAGCCGCGGGAGAGCACGGACGACGAGGAGGACGAGAUGGCGCAGGCCUGGCUGCAGGCGCACCCUGCCCACGCCGGCAGGGCUUUCUCUCCGCCCCCGCCCCCGCGGCACCUGUACGCUCCGGUGGAGCGCCUGGGCGACACGGAGAGAGCAGAACCCUGGCAUCAUCUUACUCAAGAAAGGGAUUCUUCCCAAACCGGGGAUACAUCCCAGACCGGGACCGAUGUGACACUAGAAGGGAGGAAAGUAACAGACUUCCCCUCUCUGGAGGAAGGUGAAUUGUCUCGGUCAGAACGGCCAGCCACGGAACCAAAGCUAAAUCUCCUGUGUUCUCCAUUGCUAGUCAUACAGGAUAACUUUGCUGCCCCUGAUUUGCCUUUGCUGACAUGUUUGCCACAAGACCAGGAGUUUGAAUCUGAUUCCUUGUUUCAACAAAGUGAACUAGAAUUUGCCCCUUUGAGAGGGAUUCCUGAUAAGUCAGAAGAUACUGAAUGGCUUGCUCGGCCGUCAGAAGUUAGUGAAGCUUUACUCCAGGCCACCUCAGAAACCUCUUCAGACAUAGUGAACAGUUGCCUUAGUAUAUCUCAACAUCCACUUACAGAAGUCCUGCAGGGGAAGGCUGAGUCUAGCAUGGUUACUCUGCAUGGUGAUACUGACUACUCCAGCCUGUAUAGAACUGCUGAUGUGCACAGUGAGAGAGUUGCUGAAUUACAAAGAGAGGUAGACCAUUCUGAUCUGGGCGUUAGCCAGACUUUUCCAUCUCCAUUGCCUUCGUUUGUUCCUCAAGAACCAACCAGCGAGCCAAAGUAUCCUUCCCCCAGUCUCCGAAUGUUGAGGGUUUCUCCUGACAGUCUGCCAGCAGCUCUUACCGCAGGUGCUUGGAACGAUCCUGCCUCUGUUGACCAGAAGACUGGAGCAUCACUAGUCUCUCCCACCUACUCACACAAUGUAAAGCCUGGCGGUUUUCUCCAGGAGUUGCCAGAUAAGCAUUUUACUGACGAGACUCGGAAAGUGUUAUCUGCUCCUAGGCCAGCUGGCCAGAAGCCAGAGAUGUCAACAGCACACUCUAGCUCUCAUUCAAAGGGAGUGAGACCUGCUGUUUUCUAUCCACAUCCUCUGUCAGAGCCUCUGAGUGUUUCAGCUGUUAGUGGACCAGCCGAGAAGACCCGGUCCCCAACAGUCACCUCUGCUUCCCAGCCACAUAAAGAGACAGCUAAAGCUUUCUUCCAGCAGACACUAUCAGACACUCAUCUGACUGAAGAAGCAGUGCCUGUUUCUGUUAUUCCAGGCCGAGGUGACCAGAAGACUUCUGUACCAUCGGAAUUACCUGUUUCCUAUUCUCUCAGAGCAAAGAACCUGCCUGAAGAUGCUUUCAAAGCUUCAUCUGUUUCUAAACCAUCUGGAAUAUCAGCUAUCACCUCUGCUUCCUAUUUAUAUAAAGACAGACCCAAUAUUUCUUAUCAGCAGAAAUUUCCAGACAGCCACCUAACUGAAGGGGCCCAAGUCUCGGGCACAACUGGAUCAGUAGACCAGAAGAUAGGUACAGCAGUGUCCAUGCCCUCUACUUCCUAUUCACAAAAAGAGAGGCCUGGUGUUUUCUACCAACAGGGCCUGCCUGGUCCUGUGUCUGAAGAGGCCCUGCAAGCCCCAGCUACUACUAGGCCAGUUGACCGAAACAUUACUAUGCCAGCUGCAACCUCUACUCCCUCCUUACAGAGAGAGAAGCCUUGGAUUUUGUACCAUGAGGCCCUACCAGGCGGUCAUUUGCCUGGAGAGUCUCUGAAAGUUUCAGCUGUCCUUGGACCACCUGAGCAGAACACAGGGGCACCAGCGGUAUCUCCUGGUUCCUUCCUCCCUGGAGAAGAGUCCAUUAUUUUUUACCAGCCUGGCUUGCCAGGAAACCCUCUAUCUGCAGAGUCUUUUAAAGCUCCAGGGGUUUCUGGAUUAACUGAGCAGAAGACUAGUACACCAGCAGGACCAUCAGGUUCCCAUCCAAUGGGAGAGAAGACCAUUAUUUUCUACCAGCAGGCCUUGCCACAUGACCAUCUUCCUAAAGAUGCUUUGGAUGUUUUAACUUCCCCUGGACCAGUCACCUUGAGGACUGGGGAGCCACCGGUACAUUCUACUCCCUAUUCUUUUGGAGAAAAGCCCAUUGUUUUCUACCAGCAGGUCCUGUCAGAUGAUCAGCAAACUAAAAAUGGGAAAGUGUCAGUUGUUCCUGGACCAGCUGACCAGAGGUCUGCGCUGCCAACAGUGCCGUCUACUUCCCACUCGUAUGUAGAGAGGCCUACUGUUUCUUACCAGCAAGAGUUUCCAGAUUUCCCAGGUCGUAGCGAAAAAGGUUUGGAAGUUUUAAGGGGUGCUGAAGUACCAGUAGUACCCUCUGCUCCCUAUCACAGAGAGGCCGCUAGUGGUUCCUACCAGCAGGAGUUGCCAGAUCUUACUGAAGAAGCUUUGCUAGUUCUAGGUGUUUCUGGAGUAGGGCCUUCUAUCCCUCACUCAAAGGAUGAGACACCCCUCGUCUCUUACCAGCAGGAGUUGCCAGAUCUUACUGAAAUAUCUGGGUCUACUGAUCAGAAGAUUGAGGCACAAAUAGUUUCCCACUUAGGCAGAGAGCGGCCUGGUGGUUUUCAUCAAGAGGAUAAAACAGUGCUGAGCGCUGGCGAGGACGCAGUAGGCACUUUUGCUGAUCCUGGACCGUUUGUUCAGAAGGUUGAGAAAACACAGCUGCCUGGCACUCCAACAGGGCCUUCUAGUUCCUACUUCCAUAGAGAAAAGUUCAAUGAUGUUUACCCAAAGGCCCCACCAGAUCAUGUUCUAACUGAAAAUUCUCUGAAGGCUUCAACUGUUCCUGGACUACCUGACCAGAAUAGACCUGCGGUCUCAUCCGGUCCCCACUCACACAAGGAGAAACACAAGAUUUCCACUUCAGAUCUACUGGGCGACCAGAAGCCUGAGUUGUCAACAGUUACUCAUAGGUCCUUCCUACAUAGGGAGAAGCCCGCAGUUUCAUCUGUGAUUGGACCAGAUGAUCAGAAGACUCCAUUACCAACAGCCUUUCAUGGUUCCUGUCCUCAAAAAGUAAAACCUCUUGGUUUGGUUCAAAAACAGUUACUGGAUAGAGAUCAAAGUGAAGAUAUUCCGAAGAUUUCAACUGUCUGUGACCCAACUGCUGUAAACACAGGUGUACCGGUUCCUCUGUCUGGCUCUCUGUCACACAGAGAGAAAGUAGAUACAUCCUGUGGAUACCCACAGGAGCUGCCAGACAGACAGCUAACUGAAGAUGCUCUGAAGGUUUCAAUUUGUCUUGGUCAAGCUGAACAGACUUCUGGUUUACCUACAGUUACUCCUAGUUCUUACUCACACAGUGAAAAGCACCAGCUCGUCUCAGAAAAUGUCCAAAAGCUGAUAGAUAACUUGAAUUAUCCUGAGUCUUGUUCUCUCAUUGCAAACGAUAUGCCUUUAAAUUCGCAGAUUGAUGAUGAAGUUAUCAUAUGUAAGCCAGAAUCUUCAGGUUUUGGUGAUGUUGGUUAUGAGGAAAUCCGGGAUACAGAUCAUGGUUCCAAAACCCUUAAAGAAAUUCGGACUCUUUUAAUGGAGGCAGAAAAUAUAGCACUGAAACGAUGUAAUUUCCCUGCUCCUUUAGUCCCUUUCAGAGAUGUUAGCGAUGUUUCAUUUAUACAAUCCAAGAAGGUGGUUUGCUUCAAAGAGCCCUCUGUAACUGAUGUCUGUACGCAGAGGGAGCCUUUCACGGAGGAGUUCCCUCACAUUGAGUGCACGCAGAAGGACAUGGGUACACAGACAAACCUCAGGUGCCAGAGUGGGGUUGAAAAUUGGGAGUUUGUUAGUUCAGCUACGAUCAGAAGUCCUCUGCAGGAUGCGCGAGGCACAGCAAGAGUGGCAUUUGAUGGAACUUUCAGGCAGUACGAAGCUGCCAGGUCCGUAAUGAGGUCUGAAGCUGAAGGUUGCGGUACAGGCAUUGGGAGCAAGAUUAUUAUCCCUAUGAUGACAAUCAUAAAGAGUGACUCCAGUAGUGAUGUAAGUGACGGUUGCUGCUCGUGGGACAGCAAUUUGCCAGAGUCUUUGGAGUCUGUUUCUGAUGUUUUUCUAAACUUCUUCCCAUACACUGCACCCAAGACAAGCAUGACAGAAAGCCCUGAGGAAGAGUGGUUGUCAGAGAGUGAAGACGGCCGUGGUAGUGUGGAUUCACUGGCUGCACACGUCAAGUACCUUCUGCAGUGCGAAUCCUCACUGAAUCAUGCCAAACAGAUACUUAAAAAUGCAGAGGAAGAGGAGUGUCGGGUUCGAGCCCAAGCCUGGAAUCUAAAGUUUAAUUUAGGACAUGACUAUGGAUACUCCAUUUCACAAUUAAAUGAAGACGACAGGAGGAAAGUAGAAGAGAUAAAGGCAAAGUUGUUUGGUCACGGAAGAACAGCUCAUGUGUCUGAGGGCUUACGUAGUCCACGGGGAAUAGGACGUGUGCCCGAAGCUGUAUGCAGUCACAUUGUUAUUGAGAGCCAUGAGAAAGGAUGUUUCAGGACUGUUACUGCUGAACAACCACGACCAGACAGCCGCCGUUGUGUUUUCCGAUCUUUUGAACCUUCAGACUUGACUAGAGGACGCUGGAGCCCAUCAUCAUGGAGAGGCAGGCACAUCAACCUUUCCAGAUCGAUAGAUCAGAGCAAUACCCGUUUUAAAGUGUGGAAUUCCUUUCAGUUACAGAGUCAUCCCCCAUUUCAAAAACUUGCACCCGAAGACAUCAGAAUUAGCCAGGGUGUUGGAAUGCCCUUCCACACAAACGUGGACCCCCGGCCAUUGGGAUUAGCAGAACCUACUUGUGUGCCUGCUAAAGAAAUGGAUUGUCCUUCCUCAUCACCAACACUGCCCCCUGAGUCCAUGAAGGAGUUCACUACCUCCAUUUCUUUUUCUCAUGGACACUCUAAGUGCAUUUCUGAUAGCUCUGUUUUUAAGGUUGGUGUUACUGAAGGUAGCCAGGGUACUGGACCAUCUUUAGGAGUAUUUAAGCCUCGUAUCCCCCAAGAGCAGAUUUCUCCUAGAGAUGUUAAACAGAAAACCUCUCCCCCUUCAUCACUUAAAAGGCACAGUCAUUCCCCGGUGACUAUUUUAGCUGAAGGUAGUAGGCAAAGGCAAAAAUUACCUGAUGAUUUUGAGCAUUUUCAUCAAAAACAAAAACCCUUAGAAAGAUCUGAUUUUAAAGCCAGUCAUUCUGAACCCAGUGUCAGUCUGAACUAUAGCGGGGUCAAGGGAGUUCAGUUUUCUGGCAAGGAUACCAUUAUUAGACCAGACAAAAGUUCUACACUAGAAGUAAAGGAGAAGAGUGUAGCUAUAACUCCUGGUCUCCCUUCUUGCAUUUUUCUUGAACAGCGAGAGCUCUUUGAGCAAAGCCACAGCCCACACACAGGUUACCAGAUGAGAGAAUACUCUUCUUCCUCUUGCCCAGACAUUGCUUCUUGCAUUUUUCUUGAACAGCGAGAGCUCUUUGAGCAGAGCAAAGCCCCACAGGUAGAUCAUGAAGCCAGAGGAGACCUUUCUUUCUUUCCUAAGUGCCAGGAUUAUAUAGCUGCAGAUCUUCCUUCUCGAGAUUUUCUUGAUCCGCAGCAAUGCGAACCCCCAAAUGUAGAUGACCAUAUGGGGCAACAGCAGUUCCCUCCUUCUCACGGUCAGGAUUGGGUAGUGGGAAAGAUUCAGCAUAUACCUCAAUCGCAGUUCUCUAAUACGAUACGUGUUGAAGCCAAGGUCAGUAAUUUGGUCUCCCAGUCACCCCCUGACUACUGUACCGCUGCAUCUACUCCACCUUCAAGUAGGAAAGCUCUUUCAUGUGUUCGUAUAACUCUGUGUCCCAAGACUUCUUCCAAGGUGGAUAGUGGAACCUUAGAUGAAAGGUUUCAUUCAUUGGACCCUGCUUCUAAAACAAGGAUUAAUAGUGAGUGUAACUUUGAUCUUCGAACUAUACCUUCAAGGUCAUUGGAACCAACCUCCAAAUUACUGACCUGUAAACCUGUAGCAAAGGAUCAAGAAUGUUUAGGUUUUCUAGGACCUGGAUCUCCACUGGACUUGCAAGUUGCACAGUCUUCUCUUCCAGAUAGUAAGACUAUUUCUGAGGACUUGGAAACCAAACCUCCUCAGAAUAGCCAGAUAGUAAUCUCAAGGCAAACACAAGUGAACAUAUCAGAUUUGGAAGAAUAUUCCAAACCAGAGGGGACUCCAGUAUCUGCAGAUGGUUCACAAGAGCAGAAUAAGGCCACCCUUCCUACAUCCUCUGCGAAGUUAUCAUCUGAUGCGGUCACUCAGAUAACAACAGAAAGUCCAGAAAAGACCACGUUUUCGUCUGAAAUUUUUAUUAAUGUUGAUCAUGGACAGGAAGUUCAAGACCCCACGGCCCCAAAGCUUCCCAAGCUUGCCUCAUCAUCCUCACUACAGCAAAUAACAUCUUCUCAUGGCAAAGACGCCCAGCCGGUACUGUUGCCAUAUAAGCCAUCUGGUAGUGCGAAGAUGUACUAUGUUCCACAAUUAAAAACAGUGCCUUCACAUCUGGAUUCCAAAUCAGAUACCACUGUGGAGAGCUCACAUUCAGGGUCCAAUGACGCCAUUGCCCCAGACUUUCCACCUCAAGUGCUAGGCACGAGAGACGAUGACCUCUCGGGCACUGUGAACAUUAAGCAUACAGAAGGGAUCUAUAGCAAGAGGGCGGUGUCAAAGAUGAAAAUCCCCCCUCGGAAUGGGAAUGCAGGUAACGAGUGCCCUCGCCUGUUUUACGUCUUUCCUGAACCUUUUUAUUUGAAAUGUGGUGUUCAUUUUGUUCCCUUAGGUUCCAGUGAUACCACUGAAGAAGACAGAAAAACUGAGAACCUGCCAGGCGCUAAAUCCAUUAAACAGAAGGAGGAGAUCCAGUCUGAAUGUCAUUCUGCAUUUGAAAACACCACUCACUCUGUCUUCAGGUCAGCCAAGUUUUACUUCCAUCAUCCGGUACACCUGCCACACGAGCAAGAUGUCUGCCACGAGUCCUUGGGAAGGAGUGUAUUCAUGCAGCAUUCUUGGAAGGAUUUCUUUCACCAUCAUUCAGAGCACAGCUGCCUCCCUCCCCCAGGCCCAAGUGCAGACAAGACCAAGAUGGAUUACACCAGAAUUAAGAGCCUCAGCAUCAAUUUGAAUUUGGGAGACAAUGAGAAGAUGCAUACUCUCAAGAAUCAGGCCAGAGACCCAAAGGGCAAAAGGCAGACAAAUGACCAACACAAGGAUCAGAAGGCCACCCCAGAGCUAACAUCAAAGUGCACCCUGAGUUUGAAUGAACUCUGGAAUAAGUACCAGGAGCGACAGAAACAGCAGAAAUCACCUGGCGUUUGUGAUAAGAAAGAACUCUCUUUGGUGGAACGGCUUGACCGUUUAGCUAAACUGCUUCAGAAUCCCAUCACACAUUCCCUCCAGGCCUCAGAAAGCACGCAGGAUGAUAGCAGAGGGGGCCGAGGAGCGAGGGGCUGGGCUGGGAGGAGGCAGCAUCAGCAGAGGGCCAAGCUGCAGAGGAAGCGACGUGAGAGCCUAGAGAGGGGUCAGAAUACAGGAGACUUUAGGAAAAGCAGGGUGCUUUCUCAUCGUGGCAGGAAGUCCAGUCAGAUUAAGAUUGAGCAGUUAAAAUUAGAUAAAUACAUCCUGAGAAGACGGCCAGAUUUUAAUUACACCAGCAAUACUUCCUCAGAUUCUAGACCCUCGGAGGAAAGUGAGUUCCUCACAGACAGUGCCAACAUUUUUUCCAGCACCGCUUCUCCUGUGGACUCGGAUGUGUUGACGCUGACCGACAGGGAUGUGACUUUAAACGAAAGGAGUAGCUCCAUAUCCACCAUUGACACAGCCCGGUUGGUCCAAGCUUUUGGCCAGGAGAGACUGCAUUUGUCACCCAGGCGAAUUAAAUUGUACAGCAGUGUCACUAACCAACAGAGGCGGUAUCUGGAGAAGCGUUGCAAGCACAGCUGGGGCGCGCCGAGCACAGGCUGUCCCCAGAUGACCUCCGAGCACACCAGGAGGAGGCACAUCCAGGUGGCAAAUCCUAUUUCUUCUGACUCCAUUUCAUCUGCUGGUAGUUUCUUGACCUUGGACUCUACUCUUAAUGAUGAAGGAAAUGUGCACAUGUUGAACAAGGGUGUACAAGCUGGUAACUUGGAGAUUGUGACUGGUGCCAAAAAAUACACUCGGGAUGUUGGGGUGACUUUCCCAACUCCCAGUUCUAGUGAGGCCAGACUGGAAGAGGACAGUGACAUCACUUCCUGGUCAGAAGAAACCACCAAAGAGAGAAAGUUCCUUACCAGUUAUCUGCGGGACAGAAACUUAAGGAAAAUCAAGCCAAACUCCUGUGAAGGUGUCUCAUGGUUUGUUCCUGUGGAAAAUAAAAAGUCUGGAUCUAAGAAAGAAAACCUGCCUAAGACUUACAGCCCUGGCAUCUCCUGGUUUGAACCAGUAACCAAAACCAAACCCUGGCGGGAACCACUAAGAGAGCAAAACUGGCAGGAACGAUGCCUGAGCAGCCGUGGGGGCCCGGGCCCUGGGGGAGAUGGUGGCCGGGUCCCUCCUAGGCCAUUUGUGAGAGCAACCCUGCAGGAAGCUCUUCAGCUUCACAGACCUGAUUUUAUCUCCCGCUCUGGGGAACGGAUAAAGCGCCUGAAGUUACUUGUUCAGGAGAGGAAGCUGCAGAGCUUAUUUCAGAGUGAGCGGGAGGCUCUGUUCAACACUGUGCCACCCCUGCCCAGAAGAGUCCUCCUGGCUGUCCAGAAGAGCAAGCCUAUUGGAAAGAAGGAAAUGAUCCAGAGGACCAAACGGGUUUAUGAGCAGCUUCCGGAAGUGAAGAAGAAGAGAGAAGAGGAGAAGAGGAAAUCAGAAUAUAAAUCCUACCGGUUGCGAGCUCAGCACUACAAAACGAGAGUGACCAACCAAGUCCUGGGGAGAAAGGUGCCGUGGAACUGACUCAGGACGACGCGCCCCCCUCAGAGCCGUGGACACUUUUUAUAACCCUAAAGAAGUCUAGUUUAUAUUUUAAUAGGCGAUUUAAUAAAGCUUUCUCUUUGUCCAUGUGUUAACAUAGUGCU